AUGGCCUUCCCCGAAGAAGGGUCGCGAGUGAAGCCCAGUCAGGGUGUGCGCCCAUCGGCAUUUGAUGGCCUUCCUGCAGCUCCAGAGAGUACAGAUCACCUCAGCCCUGUCGCUCUUGGUGAAGAGGAUAAUGUAGGAGUUACUGCCAUGGGCUUGGUCUCAAAAUCCCCCAAAGAGAAUUAUACGACAGCCAAAGAACACUUCGGCGAAUCUUCAGCGAUUGCAUUUAUACAACAGCUUCAGGAUACCCUGAGACUGGAUUCAACGGUAUCAAAUCGUGAUUCUGAACUGCCCCAUUCACGACGGCUUGGUCACAAGGAACGGGACUCAAGGCCCUCUCCUGGCAUUGAGAUUGGCUCACUGCCGCCUCGCGCCUUGGCUGACCAUCUUGUUUCCUGUUAUUUUUCCAAAAUCCAUACGCUAUACCCAUUUGUCCACGAACCUGCGUUCAUGGAGGAGUAUCAAUCACUAUGGUCACCGGAUGGAUCCGCAUCAACCAGAAUAAAAGCUCGGGGGCUUGGUCUAGGGUCUCUAGAUGUCAGCUCGACCACAUUCUAUUUUGCUUUGAAUGUCGUUUUUGCCCUCGGUUGCCAGUUUUCCGAUGUUGUACUGGCUGGUCGAGAAGUGACAUCUGAGGCAUUUUUUCACCUGUGCAAACCAGCCCUGGAUCUCAAUUAUCUGGAAAAUGGUGACCUUGCUCUCUGCCAGCUACUUUUGUUGAUGGCACACUACCUACAAAGUUCAUCGACCCCCAAUCGUUGCUGGCAUGUCAUAGGUAUGGCUUGUCGUGCGGCACAAGCUUUGGGUCUUCAUUCAGGGGCCGGUGACAAACGAUGCUCAUUCGCCGAGAUCCAGAUAAGACGGAGAGUGUGGCAUGGGUGUGUCAUCCUGGACUUAUCAGCCAGCACCAUGCUGGGUCGUCCGGCGAUGAUUUCUCAAAGGCCGUUAUCACCCAAGCCAAAGGCCAUCGACGACUGCUAUCUCACUGUGGCCGAUGCAACUUGCGAGCAACCACCGGGUAUUUUCUCGCGUAUUUCUUGGUUCGUGGAAACUUUGAAGCUGCACGAGAUACUUCGCACAAUUCUCUUCAAACUUUACAACAAUGGAGGCUUAGAGGCCGUUGAAGCGACUGGUCAUCCGACCAAUUCACGAAACGGUCCUGAUAUUCAGAGCAUCGCUCAGAUAGAUGCUGAGUUGCAGGCUUUCAAACAGAAUCUUCCGAAGCCCCUCGAUUGGGACUUGAAGGCGCAUAAAAAUAACGGGGAAGGUUUUCUGAGAGAGAUGCUUCUUCUCAAAGCACGUACACCAAACAUGCAAUAA